GUUGUUGUUGAGACGAUGCAGUCUCAAGCAAGGCUGCUUGAUUAUUUGCCACACCCUGGUGUUGCCCGCGGGUUUUACGGCUGGGACUUUGGUUUUCGUGGGCUCUCCUCAAUGCAUUUUGGAAUGGUGGAUGUGGAAGAAGAGCGCGACUAUCGCCGACGUAAUGAUUUGAACGACUUCUCUUUGAAAAACAAAAUCCCGGUGGCGCUAAAGGCCACCACGAUUGAAGAUGUCGUCGCGGCUCUUGAGAUGCUGUCGCUGUUAGUGAAUGAUAUAUACGCGCCCUUGGUAGCCGAGCUGGUGGAUGCUGCCAGACGUUUCUUGCUCGCGCAGCGCAAAACAAAGACAAUGUGUGGUCCUGAAGCAGUUGUGGAGCUUGUUGUAUGGAUCGACGAUUGCUUUGAACUUUUCCGGUCCUGUCUGGCUCGAGGGAACAGCGAGGCGGCAGCGUUAGUGAAGUCGCACUUCCAGUUCAAUCAUGAAUCCUAUGCUAGGGUGGUCCAGCGAGUCACAACUUUGAAGUUGGAAGCCCUGAAGAAACCAGCGGGACGGAAACCAGUGACGCGACCGAAGUCUGAAGCUCGUCGUGCGAGUGGAAACAGCAGCGGAGGUCGCCAAGCGAUACCAGUUCAUCCGGCGGUAAUAGCAGCCCUGCCAAUUCACAGGGGCAAGAAGCUCUGCAUGAGAUACCUCUCUGUAGAUGGAUGUCCAGGUGAAGGUGACACCUGCGUACUCGACUAUCGCGAGCAUUUUGUACCUAACCGGCUUCCACCAAUAGUCAAGAACUUCAUCGCGAAGUCCUUCGGUGGGUUGCGCGUGUCGGAAGCAGCGGAUGACGAGCCCAAAGCACCAGCGUGA